CUUUAUGUUACAGUACAUCCAGUACAAGACGUCACUUCCGGACAUGAAGGAGUUCACUGUCUGCAUGUGGCACAAGUUCUACAAUCACACCAACGAUCACCCACUCUUCUCCUACGCUGUGCCGAAUCAGCCCCGCGCCAUCUACCUGUGGGUGUCGAACAGUCUCCGCAGCAGCUACUUCAGCCUGUCGGUGGAGAGUCACACCUUCUUCAGACUGAACUAUCCACUGCGUCUCAACCGCUGGUACCAUUCCUGCACUUCAUGGAACGGGCGCACCGGCGAGUGGCAGAUCUGGGUGAACGCGGAGCGUGUAGGCAGAGGCUUUCACAAUAGGCUGGUUGGCCAUGUAAUACCGGGUGGUGGAAUUGCCAUCACUGGACAGGAACAGCGUCAGUAUGGCGGUGGAUUUUUGGAGGGCGAAGGGUCUCCUAAAGGAUCUGGUGGUUUUCUGGGAGAGGUAACACAGCUAUACCUGUACAAGGCCGCCCUCGCAGCAGGCAAGGCCCACCGCGACCACAAACAUCACCAUGGUAACCAUGCAAGCUCCACCACACCUCAACCACCACCUGUCUCUACUGGCCCUCCAUUGCCACCACACCCCCUGCUCAUAUCUGGUCAACUCAUACCCCGCCUCAAUAUCAAUGCACAACUUGGAGGGAGGCUCAGGCCUCAGAACCCACCUCCACCUACCCCAGGAAAUCUACUACUGUCAUCGCCUUUACUUCAGCAUUCUGGAGGCAGUACAAGUAGCAUCACCCUGCCAGGUGUGUCUUCGUUCUCCAUACAACAUGCACCUGGAUCUACUGGGUCACUUCUUGGAGGGGGCAGUGACCCUCUUCUCGACAUCCAGCAUUCAUUGUUCAAAAGAGACAAGAAGCAGGAUACCUCGGUGGCGGUAGCAGUGCAGGAUCCAACAUCAACAAGGACAAAACGUAGUACAUCCUCUUACAAGGAAGAAUUUCCCUCUAAGAAAUAUUCUCAAGAAAUGCAAGACCCAAAAUACAAAAUAAAAUGGAAAAAUAUAAACAGGACCUCAAUAAUUGAAGCUGAAGGCAAGACAACAAAACAUAAAGUCAUUAAACGGGCCACUGACUUUAGUGAUGAUGAUGGCAAUGAAAAUUACUUUGGAUCUCAGGGUUCAUCACUUAUUGGAAGUUCAGCUUUAGCACUUCUUGGAGGAGAUUUCAACCCAAUAAGUGCUCCUCAGGAACAAAAUGAUGACCUGUCUAGCACCAGCAGUACAGAAGAUGACUACCCCAGGGAACCUGCCGAAGGAGAGGUAAAGCAAGUGAUGAACGUCUGCUCAGGAUGUGCUCCAGAGCCAUUCAAGAAAGCAGAACUCAUAUCCUGGAGAAGUACACCCAAGAAACUGUAUUCUGGUGCACUUUACACUCUAGCCAAUGCUGAGUGCAGGAGGUUUUAGUUCAUCUAGGUGAGAUGAAUGUUAAUGCUGCCAUUAAUGCUGGUUCACAGUGAUGGAUAACAAGAUGCAACUUUCGUACGGGAGUACUUUCUUCAGACACUGACCACUGACCAGACAGAAAAUUUAUAAGACAGUUAAAUCAGUGUUUUCAUGUUCAAAUGCAAGGAAAGGAUGCAAAUUACGUAGGGACCAUUUCAUAUGAACUAGUCAUUAAGUGCAGUCUAGUUUUCCUCAACAGAUGAACGUCACUAUCAUCUGAAAUGUUGUACACCUCUUUUAAUGUUCAUAUGAUGACACUAAAUCACUAUCACAAGUGUUCAGAAUCACAUCUACCUUUUCAUGACGAUUCAGUCAAGACUACAGUGUGUGGACACACAGGCUCAAGGCUUGUCAACACUUGGUCAUCUUUACUUGCAACAGUCACUUUGAACAAACUGUUAGGUACACCUGCUGUGAGAAGCCAAAACCAACAGUCACAGCAGAAUACAUAAAUUUUUAUGUGCGUUCUCUUAAGACAGGUGUAAUGCUCUGAAUGAACUGAACAAAGGAAUCUUACACAAAAUACUCGUAUUCAAAUUCACAAAUAGAAAUUUCCAUAAAUGUACUGGAGAACCAAGAAACGUUAUAAAACUGCCAUC